AUGGCUCUGAAGGCUCUGAUGGCUCUGAAGGCUCUGAUGGCUCUGAAGGCUCUGAUGGCUCUGAUGGCUCUGAAGGCUCUGAUGGCUCUGAAGGCUCUGAUGGCUCUGAAGGCUCUGAUGGCUCUGAAGGCUCUGAUGGCUCUGAUGGCUCUGAAGGCUCUGAUGGCUCUGAAGGCUCUGAUGGCUCUGAAGGCUCUGAUGGCUCUGAAGGCUCUGAUGGCUCUGAUGGCUCUGAAGGCUCUGAUGGCUCUGAUGGCUCUGAAGGCUCUGAAGGCUCUGAUGGCUCUGAAGGCUCUGAAGGCUCUGAUGGCUCUGAAGGCUCUGAUGGCUCUGAAGGCUCUGAUGGCUCUGAAGGCUCUGAUGGCUCUGAUGGCUCUGAAGGCUCUGAUGGCUCUGAAGGCUCUGAUGGCUCUGAUGGCUCUGAAGGCUCUGAUGGCUCUGAAGGCUCUGAUGGCUCUGAUGGCUCUGAAGGCUCUGAUGGCUCUGAUGGCUCUGAAGGCUCUGAUGGCUCUGAAGGCUCUGAUGGCUCUGAUGGCUCUGAUGGCUCUGAAGGCUCUGAUGGCUCUGAAGGCUCUGAUGGCUCUGAUGGCUCUGAAGGCUCUGAUGGCUCUGAUGGCUCUGAAGGCUCUGAUGGCUCUGAUGGCUCUGAUGGCUCUGAAGGCUCUGAUGGCUCUGAUGGCCGACCACUGA